UUCCAAAGAUUGAGUUAGGCGAAAAGAAAAAUCGGAAAAUAGGCGCAUUUCGCAUAACAAAGAAAAAAAAUGGCACAAUUUGACCUCCAACCCGGUACCUUAUAGCGGUUGACCCGGCGGGUGCAUGCGGCCCGUUUUUCUCACCGGGUCAGGAUCAAAGUGGGUCAACCCGCGGGUCGACCCGCGAGUUGACAACCUUGAUAAGAAUCUUCUACGAUGAAGAAGUUUUAUUGUUACUGUAUUAUAUAUAUCGACAAGGAAAAUAACUAGGGCAGAAAUCGAAAGGAAAGUGCAGAUAAAUAAGUGCAAAGAAACUAAGAGUAGUAUUUGGGGUUUUCAACUUGUCUUCUUCUCAUUCAUAAACCAUCUAUUUGGGCUUGGGCUUCCUCGUCGAUCGUCUUGGCAUGCCUACGUCGACGUGGUUUCUUAGUCUCGUAACAUUUAUGUUCUAUUUUUGUUGACGAUCUGAUCAUUUACGAAUUGGACAAACUUCAAACCCAUAUGAGUAGCGUGAGUUUGAUGGUCAUGUUAGUAUGUCGUGUAAAAUUCAAUAUUUAAAUCUCUCCCCUCCAAUUAUUCAGAUCAAACGAAUUCUUGGCAACCAUUAUUUAUCUUUUUUUCCCCUUCAUUUUGAUACAAUACAAAGUUACAUAUCAACGAGACAACCUGUGAAAUUAUUUCGUCUGUAAUUCUUUGUUAUUAGUGAGCAGAGAGCGUUUCCAAGAUAACUGGUCAAGAAACUAUAAAAAUUAAGUGCACAAAUAUGUCAAAAUUUUCAAGUCAUCAUAUUUAAAGAAACAUUGUAUGAAAUUGACCAAUGUUAAUUAUAUUUCAGCCCAUCCUUUGCAGUUGGGGUUGUAUGUUUUUUAUGUUUUAAUGGUUAGUACAUGGGUUACAAUUUAUAAUUGACAUUCUAUUGAUAACACGGAAUCAACUAAUCAUUGAGGUUACAUCAAAGCAUGACAAUAAAUAAUAAAGAAUGAGAAAAUUACGUGUUGAUUUGAUCGCUUCCCAAACCUUCAUCAUCCAUGAAAGCAUGAGGCAUUAACCAAAAAAACAAACACAAUAUUAAUUAUUUUUUGGCAACUAAUAUCAAUUCCCUCGACAAGAAGUCUCAUCAAUUUCGCUCUCCAUUCGUGCCAGUGAAGACGCAGCCAGCAGUUUGGUGUUUUCACGUAGCAAACACCCAAAUUUAAUGUACCAAUCAAGUUUGGUACCAUGAAUAGGUGAGGUCUUGUUUCUAGAAUUGAAACUUGGUCUAAAUUUUUUUUAAAUACAACGAAAUGAAAAUGGUUAUGACAUCGCCUUUUUAAACGGUAAUCUGAAAUAUAGAAUUAUCUAAUAACUUUUUCAAAAUUUUAUUCUACUAGAAAUCGUUUCCAAUUAUCGUCGUCGUUAAUUCAUUAACGACUUCUUGUAUCAUUCUAUAAUACAAAUAGGGCUAACGAUGAAUACGCAUUGUUCGUAUAUACAUGAGAAUAAUUGACCAAUGACUGACACUUGUAUUAAUUAACACAUUUAAACACAUCAUCGUAACCAUAAUCAAUUAAUUAUACCCCACAAGUUCAUCAUAUAAAAUAGACAUGGAUCAACUAACAAUUCUAUGGUCCAUUAGCCGGCCUUGAUACCAAUCCAAGUCAAUAUCAAACAAACAAAAAAAAAAACCAUGAAAAAGAUAAAAGCAAACUUGAUUGACUUUGGCGGCUAUUCCCGAUCUAUAUAUAUAAGCCUUCCACUUAGGCAAUGCAUAUUGAGGCUUACAAGAACAAUGGUGUUUUGGGAAGGUUAUGUGAGUGAUGAGACAAUGGGAACCUUUGCUCCCAUUGUAGUUUACUGGCUCUAUGCUGGCUUCUUUCAGGCAAUGCUGGCUUCUGGUUUUCUGGACAAGCAUCGGCUGCAUACAAGGGAAGAAGGAGAGAAGAAGAACUUGGUGCCAUUGUCAAGUGUGAUCAAGGGUGUUCUGCUUCUUCAGAUUCUGCAGAUAGCAACCGCGCAUUUCUACUUCUCGUUAACAUCGACUGGAGUUGCAGCAGAGAUGACAAUCCAGCCCUCCAUUCCAAUACAAAUCCUGCAGAUAAUCUUAGCCAUGUUCGUGAUGGACGCAUGGCAGUACUUCGGCCAUCGUUACAUGCACCACAACAAGUUCUUAUACCGCCACGUACAUUCCCAACACCACAGGCUGGUCGUGCCGCAGGCUGUCGGAGCAAUGUACAAUCACCCGCUCGAGGCUCUGUUGCUCGACAUGGGAGGAGGUGUUGUCUCUCUGUUGAUCUCUGGAAUGACUCCGAGAACAGAGGUUAUCUUCCUCUGCCUGGCUUCGAUAAAAGGCGUGGAUGAUCAUUGCGGAGUUUGGUUCCCAAAUGGCGCCGGGGGAAAUAAUGUUGUUCUCCACUUGUUGGUUGCAAAUCGUUCUGCCUAUCACGACGUUCAUCAUCAAUCUCGUGGCGGAAAGUACAACUUUUCGCAACCGUUUUUUUCGUUUUGGGACAGGCUCAUGGGGACUCAUAUGCCCUGUGUUGUGUUGAAGCGCCCGGGAGGAGGCUAUGAAGCGAAGAUGGUGAUGAAAGACUAGUAAUUGUGAGAUUGUUGCAUGAAUAAUUUGUUAUGGUUUGCAAGAAUAUAUGAGUUCAAAUAAAUACGUGUAUUUCCAAGGGCAUACUAUGUUGUGAGCUGAAUAUCUUUGGGCUUUAUUAUGCGAAACAUCAUAAACAAAACCAAGGGCUCAAGCACUUUGCCCUAUAUAAACUCUCAAAAGAAAAUUGGGUUGGACCAAGUCGUUGAGGCUAAUGUUUAAGAACAUUCUUAAAGUCCACCACAAUUAUUAGAUUAAUCUAAUAGGUAGGAUUAGAAAACCUUAAAAAGGCUAAUUUAGGAAUAAAAUACAUGAAAUAAA